GUCAACGAAACUUUGGGUUCUUUCGACCUGCCCUUCUUUUGAAUUCCCUUUUCAAUGUUUAAACUGAAGGGAAAUCAUAACUCUUCUCGUAACUUUGUGUGAGCGCAUUUUAAACAAAACGCAGGUCAUCGCAGUUAUGUCACAGUCAUGUGUCUAUUGCUCAUGAAGAUGAUCUUGCGUUGCCGACAAGCUUUUCUCUUUGAGAUCUCCUUCAUUGUAAGGUCCAUCAACCUCUCUGUUCAUAUCUCCUUCAAUUGAAGCCACUUAACCUCCUUCACUUCAAGACAUUGACCAAACGGCGCUAUUGAUGAUUGCCUCACUACCGGAUACAUCACCGAAGUGGGGCUUCUCCACCUCUCCUUGAUGUUGCAUCUCGAGGUUCACUAUCAACCAUACUGGUUCUUGCGCCAGGUCGUAGCCGCUGGAAUCAUAUGUUGACGGACAUGGAAGUUCUGUCGUAGUUCUCCUCUCAAUCUAAUGACACUUGUCCUGUUGCCUCACCACCAGAUACACGACAUUAGAAUUCAAAACCAAACAGACAUACACUGGUUACACUGGCUAAUUGAUAGGAAUACGAACCUGAGCUCCUCGCCUUUAGUCAUAGACCUUUUCAUCCACUACGCUAGAUCUCAAAAGCAUAUUGGCUUCAGGUUUCUGCUGCCGAUUGGCGCAAAGACUUACGAGAGCUCAUAUCCCCCAUGGCUUGGGUACGUCAGAGAUGCCUCAUCCAUAAGAAAAUUUCGGACAAACAGAAGCCAAAUAUCACUGAGUAUGUACGCAUGUCUUCAAGGUUACAACACAUGAUGGAAUACAAAACUGCCCAUCUACACAGCACUUUAUACAUUCAGUCUUCGCCCAUUAAUUACAGAACAAUUUAUACAAUUCACUAGUCAAAACAAAUCUUGCGCUUUCUUAAUAAGGAACCGUCCAUGGAAGGCCUGCACACUGAUAUGCUCG